GUGUGGCGCAGUUAGCCACGACCCAUAAACUCACCGCACGACGCCUUCGUCGCACGACGCCAACACCGAAACCGACGAGUCGACGAACUCCUCCCCUAGGGGCUAGGGCCUAGGCUCACGGCUCACCAUGUCCCGCUCCGACUCGCCUUCGCCAUCGCCGGCUGCGGCGCGACGCGCGCAGCCUUCCGACGCGACGCUCGUGAAUGCCUUCCUGUGGCCCUGGGUGACCUUGGGCAUCACCAUGCCGGGCGGCGUGCACGCGGUGGACCUCUACUCCGCGGACCCUGAGAAGCUGGCGCGAGGGUACCAGCCGGAGGUCUCUCUGGACGGCCAGUGCACGUGGUACUUCCUCAGCCCGCUGCGCCCCAAGAGCCCCCACGAUCCGCGCAAGGUGCGCACCGUCGCCGACGGUACGGGGUGCUGGCGCAGCGACUCCGGGGUCAAGAACGUCAUCGACUGCCUGGACGGCGCCCGCCACGUCGGCUACCGCCAGAACUUUUCCUUCAUGAGGAGGGACGCCGCCGGUGCGGACGCUCGGUCAGGCUGGGCCAUGACCGAGUUCCACCUCCACCACAGCUACGACGAGCACGGCCACGGGGGCAAAGUCGAGGGUCUCGUCCUGUGUAAGAUGUACCGCAACCGCAACCGGCGCAUCCACGGGGGCAGCGACGACGUGGUGCCCGGCGUAUCACCGUGCGCGGAAAAGACGUUUUCGUGCGGGAAGAGCCAGCCGAUAGGCCACGACUAUUCCAAAGCCAAGAACUCGGACGGCGGAGCCACGGCUACAGGGACGAUAGCGCCGCCCCUUCUCAACAGCAUGGUGGCGGGCGACGACAAGGUAUCCGGCGCGACCACGACCACGACCGCGCCGCCGCUCGGCCACAAGGGGAACCCAGUGGAGAUGGACAAUGAGGACUUGUUGACAUGGGCGCCAGCACGCAAGAAGAUGAGGGCGGCGGGCGCGGGCGCCGAGAGCUCUGAAGCAGCGUCGACGGUAAGCAAUCCGACGCCCGACCAGGUGCGCUGCCCCCGUUGCGGCUUCCACUUCACCACCAUGCAGAGCAGCCGGUCGUGACCACUGACCAUAACCGAAUCCAAGCUGGUCGUGUCCCGAGGUGAACCCUAACCAAAUCCAAGGCGGUCGUAGGAUGCAGCACAUUCAGAGAUGCGAAGGAGAUUCAGAAGUGGAACGAACACCAAGCUUUUGAGCAAAUUAAAACCCCUCCUUCCCUUCCUCCUUGGAAUCUGAAGCUGCACUGGAUAGAAGAUAGGUUCUCCACAUUCCUUGCAAUUUUAUUCUGGUUGUAAUUGGAUUCUGAUGGUUUCAGAGCAGAGUAUGCACCUUUUAUUGUAGCACUUCAAGAAUCCGAGGUUUUGAAUGGAAAGAAUGCAAAAAAA